GGCCCACGCCAUGAAGUGCUGCCGCCUCUGCGUCUUCGACGCCUCCCGGGGGCCCCAGCGGCUGAUGCGCGUGGGCCUCGCGCUCAUCCUGGUGGGUCACGUUAACCUGCUGCUGGGAGCUGUGCUGCAUGGGACGGUGCUGCGGCACGUGGCCAACCCCCGUGGCGCCGUCACGCCGGAGUACACCACCGCCAAUGUCAUCUCCGUGGGCUCCGGGCUGCUGAGCGCUGCCGUGGGACUUGUGGCCCUGUUGGCAUCCAGGAACCUGCUUCACCCACGACUGCACUGGGCCCUGCUGGCACUGGCUGUGGCAAACUUGCUCUUGUCCGCUGCCUGCUCCAUGGGCCUCCUCCUUGCCGUAUCACUCACUGUUGCCAACGGUGGCCGCCGUCUUAUUGCCGAUUGCCAUCCAGGACUGCUGGAUCCUUCUAUACCGGUGGACCAGGGGUUGGGACACACCGACUGCCCUUUUGACCCUACACGAAUCUAUGAUACAGCCUUGGCUCUCUGGAUCCCUUCUCUGUUCAUGUCUGCAGCCGAGGCUGCAUUAUCUGGUUAUUGUUGUGUGGCCGCGCUCACCCUACGAGGAAUUGGGCCCUGCCGGAAGGAAGGGUUUCAGGAGCAGCUAGAGGAAGUGACAGAGCUUGACCCUCCUGAAUGUAAAAAACAGGAGAAUGUGCAGCUACUGGAUCGUAGUCAGGAAUUCCAGACAUCACAGAAAACCUGGGUGUAGGACAGGCAGGUGCUGUUCUAAGGCUCAACCCACACGUGUUUUCAGCUAAGGAAAGGGCCCUGACCCUAGGGUGAUAAAAAUAAUUGUAAUAAAAGAACCUCUGUUUUCUUC